AUGUCGUCGUCUACUCGUUCCAUCACGCAUUGGCGGGAGCUGUUCGUCAGCUCGUGUAGUUCUAGCAUAACUGCCGGCGUCCACUCGGUCACAUUCCAGCCAACUCCCGGUGCCAGGAACGAAGACCGAUUUGUUGUGCAAGAAUGGCUCAUCGAUGGCAGACGGUGGAAAUUUCUCGCUGUCUUCGAUGGCCAUGGUGGUGCACAUACAUCUGAAUAUGCCGCUGCCAAUCUUCCCCAGCUGAUCGAGGAGGCGCUGCGCGACGUCGUCGAGGAGUGCCAAAAUCGAUCUCGAGAUACUCUCGUUAGCAAGGUCAAGAAUGUCUUGAGGGAACGGAUCGAGGAAUUUGAUGAAGAGAUAGGCAAUGCUGUCAAGAAUCUAUGUUCAGACCCCUUCACUCUGAACUACCUGCAGGCGGUGGCCCUCGUCAAUGUUAACAAGCCAAUUUUCCAGCGAGCAUUUUCUGGCUCCACGCUGUCAUUGGCUCUUAUCGAUGAGGAGCAAGAGAACAUGUGGUUAGCCGGACUAGGUGAUUCAACUGUCGUAAUAGCCUGUGAAGAUCCUGAUGGGAUAGGACAUGGUGAGGGCCUCCUUACCCUUCAUAGCACGUGUACUCCGAAGGAGUAUCUUUCUAUCACCAUGAUGCAUCCCUCCGAGGAAAAGGAGACCAUAAUGGAAAAUGGUCGGUUGUUGGGUGCCGUACCAUACACAAGAGGUUUGGGCGACUAUGGUCUCAAGUUCGCAUCAGAGUUCUCGACGGAGCUCUUCUUCAAACUUCCGAGAGGACAACGACCGCAACGCUACCGGGAUGGCAUUCGGUAUUACAAUGUGACACCGCCGUAUGUCCUGAACUCGCCCAGCACCCGUUUUAUCGACCUCACUGAGCUUCGACCGCACAAGUCGACUCUGGUUCUAUAUACCCAUGGUGUCGAUGCUAUUGUGAAUGGGGAGACUCCGGACGACCAGAGGAUGAAAAAGCCAGAUAGACCUUAUCCUGAUGUCAUUGUGGGGAGGCUCGUUGGCAGCAAGGUCGACGAUGCCUUUGCUCAAGAGACUCUCGACCAUAGCGUUGAAGUCGGCUGGAUGGGGCCAGAUGGGAACCGGGCUGUGGAGCUACUAGGGAACUUGGUAGCUGGGACUUCGGCAGAAAUGUUUGCCAAGUUUCUUGAGCCUGCAGAACAUGGACAAAGGGAUGAUAUGACAAUUCUUCGGUAUGAACUGGUGCCAAGGACUUAA